AUGUUUUUGCGUGUUCUCACUGUACUAUUUCUCUGGGUGUUAUCCACCGUGACCAACGUACCAGUAUAUGCAUAUGUCGACAGCACAACACUUUCCAAUAUCAACUCUGAACCUCUUUUUCGCAGGAACUCCACAGGUUUAACGGAUGCAGUAACUUGGGACCCUUAUUCACUUUCGAUCCUCUCCCAGCGCACGUUCAUUCUGUCAGCAGAGAUACAUCCCUGGCGUGUGCCCAAUCCCAACCUCUGGGCAGACUUGUUUCAGAAGAUCAAAGCCAAUGGUUUCAAUACCGUAUCAUUCUAUGUGCAUUGGGCUCUUCAUUACCCCACACCCGAUACUGGAGGUGGAAAGGGUGACUGGGAACAGGGUACAUAUAGGGACGUGCAGAUGUUCAUUGACGAGGCAAAAAAAGCGGGCUUGUGGAUGAUUGCUCGACCUGGACCAUAUAUCAACGGCGAAACGACUGGAGGCGGUUUUCCAGGUUGGGCUGGGAACAUUGCCGGCUCUUUGAGGGACAAUAAUCCAAACUAUACGCAAGCCUGGACACCGUAUCUGAAUUCAAUUGCCAAGAUCAUCGCACGGAAUCAGAUCACGGAAGGCGGGCCAAUCAUACUCGUUCAAGCCGAGAAUGAGUACAGUGUUGGUCCGAACAAUGAUCCUUACAUGCAGGCCAUCAUUGACACAUAUCGAGGCAAUGGAAUUACAAUCCCUAUCACAUUCAACGAUCAACACGGCGGUGCAGCGGGAAAUUUCAGCCCGGAUGAACCUGGAACGCACGUUAACAUCUAUUGCGGUGAUUCUUACCCUCAGGGUCAGAACAGUUGGUCUGAAGUACAGACAGUAUACUAUUCAGACCAUGAGGCGGUUGCGUGGAGCAAUCCUUUGUGUCUUUCUGAGUUUGGUGGUGGAUACAUCGUAGGCUGGGGCCAAGUCGCGCGAGGAGGAACAGGCUAUGAGAAGUACUCGAUGGAUUUGACGAACGCCGCAUAUGGUAUUUUAUAUUCCUGUACGGGGCAAGUAAAAACUAACAAAAUACUCACUCGUAGAGGACGUGUUCUACAAAGACACAUAGCUAAUAUAUUCUCGCUGUGGUUUUCGAAUGCUAGCGCACAGACUGCUACUAUUCUUAUACUCUUUGGUGGUACGAACUGGGGUCAAACGGCCGAGCCAACAGUAUAUACAAGUUAUGACUAUGGAGCUGGUAUCAACGAAAACCGUGUCGCAGGGCCAAAGAUGAAUGAGAUGAGGUUACAAGGACUCUUCCUCCGUGUUUCGAGGGACCUCCUUAGUUCUACUCUCAUUGCAAACGGAACAAACUUCACAUCUUCGUCGUCUGUGCAUACAGCUGAACUGAGGAACCUCGACUCGGGGGCAGCAUUUUAUAUCAUAAGGCAGAAUGACACGAUACCAACUACCUUAACUACGACCAAGCUGAACGUUACUACUUCUUCCGGCUCACUCACCAUUCCAGUGCAAGGAAACCUUGUCCUCGAUGGUCAUGAGAGUAAAGUCUUGGCUAUUGAUUACGUUUUUGGGAUUUCUGGGACGAGAAUCUUAUAUUCCACCACAGAAAUCAUGACAUGGACGACUAUCGACAACACAGAUUAUAUCAUAUUAUACUCCAUGUCCGGUCAAACCGGUGAAACUGCCUUCCGUUUCGCUUCUGAGCCAGAUGUAAAUAUCAUCAACACAUCCGACACGCAUAUCUCGACCAGCUACACCGAUGGAACGCUCACGCUUAACUACAACCUGGUAGCUUCAAUGCCAGUUGCAGUCGUUGGUAUUGGCGAAGAUGUCAAGUUGCUAAUCAUGGACAAGGCAAGUGCGGCGCAAUGGCACGCGCCACUCAUUGAAGGCAGCGGGGCAUUUAGCAACUACUUUGGUGUUGGGACAAAUGAGACAGUGCUCGUUGGUGGGCCAUACCUCGUGAGGAGUGCAGAGUUGUCAAGACAUACUCUUUCAUUGAUACCCAUUCAGCAAGGUGAUUUGAAUGGUACUACCAUUGUCGAAAUUUUCUGUCCUUCUGCGGUGUCGCAAAUACGUUGGAACAACCAAAUUGUUGACGUGACACGUACAACAUAUGGGUCCUAUCAAGCAAAAAUAGAAGGCGCUCAACCUGUUACACUACCUGAAUUUGGUGAAUGGAAGGUUAGCGGAAGUUUACCUGAAAUAUCCCCCGACUUUGAUGACUCCAGCUUCGUAACGGCGGACUUGACUACUACCAAUUACACUAAUCUCCCCCCUCUAGCUGGUGAAUAUGUACUAUACUCGCAGCAAUACGGGUUCUAUGGCGGCAACCUGAUCUUCCGUGGCCAUUUUACUGCCACAGGACAAGAAACGGCUUUCAAUUUAACUGUUCAGGGUGGUUAUGCUUUCGGGUACUCAGCGUUCAUCAAUGGGGUCUUCCUUGGCUCGAACCAAGGAAAUUUGACGAUCAGCCAAACCACAGAUAUAUGGCAGAUACCUAACGAUGUCCUCCGCAUAGGCGAUGAUAACGUCCUCGUCGUUAUACAAGACCAUAUGGGCAUUGUAGAAACUAGCACCAAUUCAGGAAAGGAACCUCGGGGUAUUAGAGGUUAUGCUAUCAUCGGUGGAAACAGUACUUUCAAGUACUGGAAAUUACAGGGCAACUAUGGUGGGGCUGCAGAUGCACCAGAUACAUUCCGCGGUUACCUUAAUGAAGGUGGAUUGUAUGCCGAAAGAAUUGGCGCCCAUUUGCCUGGCUAUCCUGAUGAAUCGUGGCAAACUGGUACACCCCUUUCAGGAGGAGGCGUGAAGAGUGCCGGCAUCAAUUUCUAUCGGACUACGUUUAGUUUGCCCUUACCCAUGGACGUGGACGUCCCUGUCCGUUUAUCUAUCACUCCAAGUGACAUCACUUCAAAUUUCCGUGCGCAAAUUUACCUGAACGGUUGGCAACUUGGGAAAUACGUGAACAAUCUUGGGCAAUCCUCAAACUGUAUUCGUGUUACCUGCGGGUCUACUUCAAAGGGAGUCGCCGAACAAGCUCGCUCUUUCACUGUGGUCCCUCGACAAAAAUGGAUCCUCGAUCGCAGGAAUAGGUUUGAUUUUGGAUGGUACUUUCACUACAGCACUACAAAUCUCAGAUUAUGUUUCUGCGCCCGAUUACGCCCAGCAGGAACAUCUACGCCCUCAAGGCGAAUACGUUCAACCGAUGUAGUGAAGGGUAUCUGCAGUGUAUGCAGUACGACACGUCUAUAGUUGCCAUGUUCAGUUCACAUAUCAACUUGAAUUACACCGACUAUCAGAUCGUCUCUGUAGUAAUACACAUUGACAUUUAGAAAUAUAUGUAUGAAAUAUAUGUACAAAGGCUUGUACUGGAUGGUGUUUGCUACACAUCAGUGUGCGAAGUAGGAAAAUAGUGGGCUCACAAUAUUGUUCUACCAAUGCUUUGCAUCUAUAGGUAACUUAAUCUUGCAAUCAUUAAACUGAAGGGCUUUGUUGUGCUUCGCUGAAUGAGCAUAUCACUGAUAUAUGAUUUACCUAACCCCAACUCGUGGAACAGGACGUUGUAACUGACGCCUUGAAGAGUUCUUGUUCAGGACC